AUGGCUGCUGUAGAGGAAUCAGAAGAAACUCCUCUUUCUGCCUUAGAUGAAGCAUGUCGACUCCUUAAGGCUAACUUUAAAGUUUUAUUGGAAUUAAUAGAGCCAGAUGAGAUGUGUGAUGAGUUAUACUACUCCGCUAAUUUAUUGAGUGACCAAGCGUACGAGUUUGUCACUAAUCGUAAAAAUUCGUUAAAAGACAGGAAAAGAAGGCUACUAUACACAGCACUCCAGGUGAUGAAAGGAUAUCGUGAGCGUGUUGAAGCCUUUGUCGCGAUGUUGGAAAAGUUUGCAUCGACAGAAGUUAUUCAGAAACUGUGUGCGCAAAUAAGAGAAAUUAUGACAAGUACUAAUCAGAGUGACCAGAUCAAGCUUCAAGAAUUUAAGAUGGAAUUAUCGCUUCUGCAUAAGCGUACUUUACGAUCUGAUGAAAAUAUUGAUGCUAAGUAUACAGUCAUAAGAGAGUGCAUCACAUCGUUUUUCAAGAGUCAGUUUGAAAGCUCUGUUUCCAAAUCUCAGCUGCGUGAAUUGUUGAACAGACUUUGUUAUAAGGAAAUGAUAAUUCCAGCUGAUCUCUAUACCUGGUCUUUUGCGAUGUUAGAAGAAAUCACUCGUACUUCUGAUACUUCUGUUGCCAUUAAUGAAGCCAUGAUACCUCCAGAAGCUGACAAGAAGCUGUUUUCUGAAGCAAUAGUUCAUAAUUGCUUGAUAUUAUGCUGUCUUGUUGCACAUAAAGACAGCAAGAAAUAUUUAGAUAGCAUUGUUCAUGAUUUCGAUGAGUUGUCUGUAUCAAAGCCACAAGAUCCAAAAUUGGAGCGUUAUGUUAUAGCGAAACGGGAAAAAGAUAAAGAGCUUUAUAUUGGCUUCUUAGGUGAGCCUGAUCUUGAGAUAUGGCAGAAAAGUGGUAUUAUCAGUGAAGGUAUUUCGAAGCAAACUGAUCGCUUACCGGUUCGUUUUUUUGUUGAACAAAUACAAAAUGGUUAUUCUAUUAUAUUUACUGGAUUUGAAUUUGGUGGUCUGUUGGCACUCUCUGUGUAUGCUUCAGUAUGGAAGCAGACAUGUCUUAGCAUUAGUAAUCUUUCACAGAGUACAAUGUGUGUCACAUUUGGUGUGCCACUGGUUCCACUCAAAGCAGUAGAAGAUAAAACUGUAGAAGAGUGCCUUGCUGAGAUGAAAGAAAAUAGCCACAUUUUUCAGCUGCAGGGAGAUUUUGUGUCAAGGUUACUACGAUUUGAUGAUAUUACCAAUGGAGUAAAAGAUCAUGACAAAGUACAUUUGUCUGGAAAAAUUGGUGCAGUUAUUGUCAAUGAUCUGCUUAAGUAUAAAAAAGCAGGGAAACAGGAUAAGAGUCCUGAAUUUGAAAAUUCUUUGUCAAAUUUAAAGACCGUCCUUUCUGAUGACCAUUUGACGAAACUUCGAGAAGUUAAACUUUUUGGAAUAUAUCAUUAUGUUCAUUCAUAUAUGGUCUCUCAACUAUUACCACAAAGAGCUCAAGAAAUUUUGAAAAUUCCAAGUGCAGCAGAGCUUGAGAAAAUUCCAAAAAAUAGUAGCAUCUUAGAGGAGCAUUCCAUAGAAAAGUACUAUGAUGUACUUAAGAAGUGUUUUGUUCAUUCUAAGAGCCCACCUUCUGUUGCUGCUAAUGUUGUAUCUCUUUUGAAGCCUGAUGUUUCCUCAAUAACAUUCUAUCGCCAUGGAGAUGAAAUUGCACUGGUGCUACAAGGACAAAACCUCUGGUUUUGCUCUAAAAUUGGCAUAAAUGGCAGAAGCAAUAUAAUUAUUGAUGAUCUUGAAGCAGAUGCUACUAGUAGAUCUGUUCGUUUUAACUACACUCCUAGGGAUCAAAAAGAUUUGAUUAUUGAGAGGAAUACUGAGACAGUUGAUAUUGUCUUGUACAGCCACUUUGCAAAUCCUAUAAAACGUAAAGUACCUGUGAAGUGUAUGGGUGAAUAUCAUAUAUCAUAUCGGCAACGACAACUUGCUAUAUGUACUCCUGGUGAAGUCAUUAAACUGAGUUUUCUUACUGCUUUACUGGAGUGCAUUUCAGAUGGUGUAGUGUCAAAGCGCUACAAAACCAUAUGCAAAUUUUUAGAUGAAGCAACACGAAUAGUUCCAAUUGAAAGCAUCUGCUACGCUAUUGAAAAUGCACCUCAACCUCAAGAGAUUGCCUGGAAAUGUGCUGAAGCUUUUGUUUCUGUUGAUGUACCUCCUCCUCCUUCCAUUGAAUUAGCAGCUGGUUUGGAUAGAGCAUGCAUGUGUUUAGCAGUUGGCUCUGAUCCUGUAUUUCUUGACCAUUUGCAGCGGGAAUUUCUUCGGGUUAUUAAUCAAAUAAGUUCUUCUGGUAUGCCUUUUCCUCCUGUAGUAGAUGUGCAUGUACCGGUACCUAUGCCAAGGUCAUUUUCUGAGGUUGUCCAAGGUAAUCCUGUGAGGCCUCAUCAAAAUCCACUUCAACCUUUGGAUAGAAGCACUCUUCUUGCCUUGAUGAAUAAACUUCGAGAAACAGCAAGAAAAUAUUGUGUGGAUAAUGCUAGGACAACCCUACGAGUAAUAAGUGGAGCUAAUGUUAGAGAGCUCUUUGCAACCAGAGUUGACAGAAAAGGUGGCAAGCUUCUUUCUCCAAUAGAUGUCUUGAAAGAGGGACGGAACAAAUUAGAUGCCCUUAAAGCUGAAGAAUUAGAAAAAGAUAUUUUUCAUGAAUAUGAUAAAUCUAGUGAAGAAGCAAAAAAGAAUUACAAUGAAGAAAUGCUCACAACGAUUCAAAAUAUCUGUAACGAUGAGCUCCUAAUCUGUACGCUAUUACUGGGAGGCUUUAUGGAGCAGCGAAUUAGAGUGCCUUUAGUAGAUUCACCUUUGGAAACUGCUCACAUUCUUCAGACCACAGAAGCACCACCAGCUGUUGGAGUUUGGGCUUUGUUCAGUUUAGAUAUGCUCGACUUAAAAAAAAUGUAUGCCAGCAGAAAAGGUAAAGCAAUGGUUGUAAAAGUGGAAAAGUACAUUAAGGGCAUUUUUAAAAAGUCUAGUCAAGCAUCUGAUCAACACUCAGAAUUUUAUGCUGGUAAACUGCAGUUUUUGUUGCAGUGUUUAAAGUUUAAUGAAACUGUCAGCUGUAAUACAAGCUACAUUAGCUACUCUCUUGAAACUCAACUUGCCGAAUUGUGUUCAAAAAGAGAUAUUAAACCAACAACUAGAGUAAAAACAUUAGUAUUGAAAUGGGACAAUUAUUUUAAAAAUAACCUUUUGUAUCACGUAUUGCAGCCAUAUCGCCCCCUUGUUGCUCGCUGGAUUAUUUGGUGUCUAAAUAUUCAUCGUUUAAGAGAAGAGUUAGCCUCUCACACCACUGUGGGGAUUGUGGGCCUUAGUAACUCUGGGAAAUCAUGUCUUGUUAAAACACUUUUCAGACAAAAGGUAGCAGUUGGUUCAACUAGCAUGCAGCGUACUACUGUUUCAUUUCUGUAUAACUUGGAAGGCAUGGUUGAUGGAUUGAGUGUGAUUGAUUUUCCCGGAAUAGAUGAUGCAGAUGAGGGCACACUGUAUUCAAGAGAAUUGCUUCGUAUUUCUCAAUUAAUUGUUUUUGUUCUUGAUUAUAAGAGGUAUGCUACUAAAGCAGCCAAAAAUUGCAUUGAGUUUUUUAAGAAAUUUGGAGUCCCAGUUUUGAUUUGCUUAAGUCAUGCUGAUAAAUUAUAUGCUAAUACAUGUAUUAGUGAUGAUGGAACAGAAAAAUGCUCGAAAGAUCAUGGCAGGCGUUUCAUACGGCAAGAAUUAGAGAAGUUACAUGAGAAGCUUGAUCCUUUGCCAAACUGGGAAAUGGGCUUUUAUUCUUUUUGUCAAGACAAAGACUCUUCUCUUAAUUGCAAUGGGGGUCGCCAAGCUUUGUCUGAUGCUGGAAUCUUGUCAUGUGAUGAUGUUGGGGUAUGGAUAGAAAAGGAAUUACGGGAAUAUUUAAAGGAAGAAGACAUUGCAGAAGGCUUGAAGUGUUUUUUGGCAUCUGAAAAAAAAAAAGAUGAGGACUCUAAAUUAAAACAAACUACAGUUGUUGAUGAUGAUGCCACAGGGCCGACAAAAGAAGUUCAGUUUUUGAAUGAGGAAGAAGAUACAUGUCAAGCCAAAAGCUAUAAAACUCCAUUUGAAGCUUCUGAAGCUAUUAAGUUACUACGUCAUGCUAAAUUUGGAUUUACAAAAUCAUUUCGGUAUUUGCUGUCAGAACUUUGCAUCCCGACAGAUAUGAAACAAAAAUUGAAGGAAGAAGCAAAGUAUGAUGGACAUGACUAUGAGUUUCCAACAGAAAAAGCCAUUGACUGGUGGAUAGCAAACAAGGAAGGGUCUUGGGAAAAGUUUUUGGAUGUCUUAAGGAAUUGCGAAGAGGCAGCUGCUGCUUCAUAUAUCGAAAAAAGGCUUGUGUAACUUGUGAAAAUGAAAAAUUAUUAGUUUACUUUUUGUGGUAACAUUAUUGUAACUAGUGUGAUAGUUAUUUAUAUAAUUUUAUGAGAGUAAGCAUUUAAACCGAUUUAAUACAGUAUUGUUAUUGUGUUGCAUGUAUUGUAUAAAAAAUUGCUGAUGGGCGUUGUCAGGCACACAUGAAA